AUGGCCCACUCCGCAGCGCCCGGCCACACGCUGCCCGCUACGGCCCCGCUGCAGGACUGGGGCUGCCGCGGACCCCCGGACACCCUGGGCUACAGCAGCAGCUCGCCCGCAGCAUCGCCCGACUCCUGCGGCCUCGCGUCCCCCGCCGCCGCCCGGGGACCCUGCCGUGGGCACGCCGCCCCCCGCCCGCGGGGCAGGAAGGGGGCUCGGGGCGGCGGGGGGCCGGGGGCCCCGCGGCAGAGCGCCAGCGAGCGGGAGAAGCUGCGGAUGCGGCGGCUGGCGCAGGCCCUGCUGCGGCUGCGGCACUACCUGCCGCCCGCGCUGGCGCCCGCCGGGCAGACCCUCACCAAGAUCGAGACCCUGCGCCUCGCCACCCGCUACAUCGCCCACCUCUCCACCCUGCUGGGACUCGGGCGGGGGGCGCCGGCCCCCCGACAUUGCCCCCUCUGCCCCCGGGGCCUGGGGUGCUGCCAGGACACGGACCCCCGCGAUGCUUCAUCCCCCAGCACUGUGGGCUGGGGGUCACCUCCCAUGGCGGGCCCCCCGCCGGAGCUGCACGGGGCUCCCGGCACGGGGACGGAGCCCUGGGGGUCGCCCCCUCUUGGCUCUGCUGCGGGGACUCCCCCAGGGGUGUUUGGGGGUCCGGAUACAGGAUUAGAGACCUGGGGGUCACCCCCCUAUAUCCCUGCAGUGGGGACCUCCCCGGAGUUGCACGGGGCUGUUGCCUCCAUCGAGUCCCCCUGGCUGACCCCUCCCCACCGCGCAGGGGCUGGAGCCCCCCCGGAUCUACCUGGUGAUCCACUCCUGGACUCAGGGCUGGUGCUGCCGGAGUUCGUGGGCGCAGGGACAGUCACCCAGGACCUCUCUGCAGACCUGCUCUCGCUGCUGGAGGCUCUGCUCCCGCCACAGCCCCGACACUGA